CGGCUCAGCACACGGCGGCUGCCACUCCAACAGAAAGAAAGCCGUGUCUCCGUUAACGACACUACGUCGUCGUUGCAGGGGCGAAGUCGUGCAUCGACCGAGGAUGCGAGCAUUGACGGUGCUCGCGGUGGCGCUGGCGGCCGCUACGACGGGCCUCGCGUGGGGCGCGGAGCGUUGCUGUGGCGACGCCGAGCCGUGGCAGGGGCAGGCGCGCUCCAAGCGCAGCUUCAGCGCCUGGGGCGGCAAGCGCACCGGGCCCGACGGCGUUGCCGGCGCUGACGUCGACGACGGCUACGGCGACGGCGACGACCAGAAGAGGGCCUUCUCCAGCUGGGGCGGCAAGAGGGCGGCCGCCGGCUGGCAGGCGGAGGACAAGCGCUCCAAGCAGUCCUUCUACAGCUGGGGCGGCAAGCGCGGCGUCGGCGGGGACGCAGAAGCCGACGGCCAAGCCCCGGAAGACGCGGUCGAAAAGAAAAGGGGAGGGGUUAGGUUCUCCAGCUGGGGUGGCAAGAGGGAUCCUUUCCAAGACGACGACGGUGGCGUGGAGGACCUCGCCGAUAGCAAGAGGGCUUUCUCCAGCUGGGGAGGGAAGAGAUUCGGCGACGGGGCGUCGGCCGCGGAGAAGCGCGCCUUCUCCAACUGGGGGGAGUCGCUGGCCAACCGCCGCCUCGACCUCUACAACUACAGGCCCGUGCAGCUCCGCAACGGCAACGGCCCGCCCUUCUUCCCCUGGGGUGGCUAAUCGAGUUCCGCCCGGACGCUUCUCCUGCACCCCCUCUGCUUUUCGUUUCCAAAACGCACACGGAAUGUGUAGCGUACCGAUUGCUUUGUACCCUUGUGUGGAACAGAAACCGAUAUUCCAUUGUUUGUGGCCGUCGGAGAAAUGUAGUAAUAUUUGCAUGUAAUACAUUGCAGUAAUGUAGUAAUACGUGAAAAAGUCAGCCAAUAAAGACGUAAAAUGUCA